AUGGCUUUGUCUUCUUCUAAUCUGAAAGUUCACUUAAAGACACACAGUGGUGAAAAGCCUUUCCACUGCAAUGAGUGUGACAAGUAUUUCACCUCCAAAGGAAGUCUUGUUGAUCAUAAGAGAAUACACACGGGGGAGAAACCAUACAAGUGUCCUCACUGUGAGAAGAGAUUCAACUACGGAUCCGCUUUAAAGCAACACGCACAUUUGCACACCAAUGAGAGGGCAUUUCAGUGCAGUGAAUUCCAUGAGAGAAUGCACACUGGAGAGAAACCUUACCUCUGCUCUCACUGUGGAAAGAGAUUUUCAGAUCAAUCUCAUUUCAGAGCUCAUCAGAGAGUGCACACUGGAGAAAAGCCUUAUGCAUGUAGUGUUUGUGGGAAGGCUUUCCGUCAACACAAUAAUUUAUUACUGCACCAGAGAAUUCAUACUGGAGAAAGACCUUACAAAUGCACUCAAUGUGACAAAACAUUUGCUCGACCGGAUGUCCUGAAAACCCAUCAGAGAGUGCAUACAGGAGAGAAACCUUACAGCUGCUCUAUCUGCGGGGAGAGAUUCACUUAUUUAGGAAGUUUUCAGACUCACCAGAAGAAACAUGCUAAAGAACAAGCUGCCCUUGAAUCAUCAUCAUAA